GACAGGAGUGGCACACCAGCAGCACUUCACUACCACUUCAACAUGGCUGCGCAGGACGAGCUAAAUCAGUUGGAACGUGUGUUCUUGCGUUUGGGCCAUGCCGAGACAGAUGAACAGUUGCAGGACAUCAUAUCCAAGUUCCUACCACCUGUUCUCCUCAAAUUGUCUAGUGCUCAGGAGGGUGUUCGCAAAAAAGUUAUGGAACUGCUGGUUCAUGUGAAUAAAAGGAUUAAGAGUCGGCCCAAGAUUCAGUUGCCCGUGGAGACGCUAUUAGUGCAGUACCAAGACCCAGCGGCUACGUCUUUUGUUACCAAUUUCACUAUAAUCUACAUAAAGAUGGGAUACCCCAGGCUGGAUGUGUCAAAGCAGUGUGAGCUCGCACCAACUCUGCUGACAGCAAUGGAGGGCAAACCUGAGCCUCAGCAGGACAGUCUGAUGCAUUUGCUCAUUCCCACAUUGUACCACAUGAAGUACCCCUCAGAGCCCUCUAAAGCUUCACCCUUUGUCCUCACUGAGAAGCCCAAGACUGUUCACCAGCUCCUAGAAUUCAUGCUCGAUGUCCUCCUGAUGCCUUAUGGGUUUGUGCUGAAUGAGCCACCCAGUCGCCCAGCUCCUUCCUCGCCACAAGGGGGCACUGUGGCAGGAGCUGCAGGAGCCGCAGCAGGGCAGGGCCUCCCUCAACCUCCUCCAGGGAUGAGCCUCUAUGCUGUUAAAAGGGUCAUUGGGGAGGCGCAGUGGAGCCCUGAACAGUUGGAGCAGUGUAAGCUGGGGAUUGUGAAGUUCAUCGAGGCACAACAAGUACCAGAAGUGGAAACAGUCAUCCACCUGGUUGUUGCCUCCAGUGACACCCGGCAUAGCGUUGCCACGGCCGCAGACCUGGAACUGAAGAGCAAGCAGAGCAUCAUCGACUGGAACAAUCCACUUAUUAUCAACAAGAUGUUUAAAGUUUAUUUGGGUGAUAUUCCACUGAAAACCAAGGGUGUCACGGUGAAGCGGGAGCUAAAGCAUGAGCCUGUUAGCACCAGGGUGAAGAUGAAGAUUCUCCCUCAUCUGCUCCGCUCCAGACUCGCCGCCGAGUGCUUUCCUGCUAAUAUCCAGGUCGUCUACGAUGGGCUGUUUGGGGCCAAUACCAACAACAAACUCCUCUCUCUCACACUGCAGUUUGUGCACCAUAUCUGUGUGGUGUGCCCCGAUACCAACAAGCCACUGGGUCUGAUGCUCCUCAACGGCCUCACAAAGCUUAUCAAUGAGUACAAAGAGGAUCCUAAAUUACUGUGCGUGGCUUACUCAGCCGUUGGAAAGCUUUCAAGCCGAAUGCCACAGCUCUUCACUAAAGACAUCGCCCUGGUGCAGCAGUUCUUUGAGUCCAUGUGCAAGGAGGAAGCUGAUGUGAGAUUAGCUAUUCAAGAGGCCUUGUCUAUGAUGGUGGGUGCAUAUGUCAACCUGCAGGGGGCGCUACUCAAUCUUAUGGAGGCCCUGGUAGCUGCUUACAUUGGAAAGCCGGAAGUCCAAGUGCGUCAGGUGGCGAUGAAGUUUGCCAGCAGUGUGUUUGCACCUGAUCACGUGCCAUCCAGAUACCUACUGCUGCUAGCAGCGGGAGACCCUCGUGAAGAGGUUUGUGGAGAGGCCCGGCGCACUCUAAGAUCUCUCCCUACCAAGAAGACAGAGAAGGAGAGUUCCAAGCCCAUGCCAUCAUUUCCUGAGAUGGUGAGCUACAUCCAGGAGAAGGCUGCUGUGAGGAUGAGGACACCUGCCAAAUACAUUGUUGGAACCUCAACCCUUCCUUUUAACCCUGCUACCUUUGAAGAGAUUGUUCUGUACCUCAGGAUGUGUCUGGCUCAUAGUGCUGGAGCCACACCCACCUCCCAAAGUUUUGUUGAUAUGCAGGAUGACGCCCCUCUCAUUGGGCGCUAUGUUCGAUCAUUGCUCGCAAACGAGGCCCCUCCUCCUUCCUUCACCCUCAAAGGGGGAGAAGCCAAUCCGGUGCAGGUCUACAUGGAGCUGCUGCAACAGCUUCUCUCAGCUGUUGGAGGUAUUCCUGUGAUGUAUUGCCUGUUGGAGGUAGUGUCUGUUUUUCCUCAGAAGCUUGCUCCCAGAUUUGCCAACAGAAUUGACUGGAUAAAAGGUCUUAUGAAUACCAGUAAAGAAGACAUGCGAGAGCUAGCAGCUCAGCUGUAUGCUGUGGUCGUCUCCUCCAUGUCUGGCAAUGAACUCAAAUAUGCUGUACAAAACCUGAUCAAGAUCAGCAAAGACACUCAUAGCCCUGAGACCCAGCAUGGUGCCAUUUUGGCUCUAGGUUAUAUGGUGGGCAGGUACAUGAGUAAGAGGCAGGGCUUGGGAUCAGAUGACUCCCCUAACCUUGAGCUAAUGAGUGCCAUACCCAAGGACGAAGAAGAGCUGAUCACCAUGGCAACCCAAACUAUUGGAUCGUUUUUGGAAAGCGGGUCCCCAUUGCUGUCGGUUGCCGCGGUGACAGCCCUGGGAGAGAUUGGCCGCAACGGCAAGCUUCUGAUAGCAGCUGAGGGUGAGGGCUUCACCAAACUCAGCCUCGUGGACAACCUGCUUGCUAGGAUACCAUCUGGCAAAGAGACUGGCAAGAUGAAGGAGCAUGCAAUCCAGACACUGGGAUUCCUCCCAGUGGGAGAUGCAGAAUUUCCUCAUCAGAAAAAACUCCUACAUGGCCUCAUGGAUUCAGUGGAGGCUAGGCAGGUGGAACUGCAGUUCACAGUAGGAGAGGCCAUAACUAGUGCUUCUGUGGGAACCUCCUCUGGAGCUGCCAGAGAUGCCUGGACUUGCACUGAAGACCAGUACUGCCCCCCUAAGAAUGUAAAGAAUAACGAUGCAGUGCCCUGGACACUAACCGCCAUCUUGUCGAAGUACAUAGGGAGUCCCAAUCCUCACGUGCGGCAGGCAGCUUGCAUAUGGUUGUUGUCGCUGGUGAAGAAACUGAGCCAGCACAAAGAGAUUCAGUCUCAUCUAAAGGAGAUCCAGACGGCUUUCAUUUCCAUCCUGUCUGAUCCAGAUGAGCUAAGUCAAGAUGUGGCGUCUAAAGGCCUAGGCUUGGUGUAUGAACUGGGAGGAGAGCAGGAUCAACAGGAACUAGUGUCAACUUUAGUAGAGACUCUUAUGACUGGGAAAAGAACCAAACACACUGUAUCAGAAAACACUGAGGUCUUUCAGGGUGAUGCUCUUGGUAAAGCACCAGAUGGGCAGAACCUUUCUACAUACAAGGAGCUGUGCUCAUUGGCUAGUGAUCUGAACCAACCAGAUCUCAUUUACAAGUUCAUGAACUUGGCCAACCACCAUGCUAUGUGGAACUCCAGGAAGGGGGCAGCGUUUGGCUUUAACAUCAUUGCAGCAAAGGCAGGAGAGCAACUUGCCCCUUUUCUGCCUCAGUUGGUGCCUCGCCUCUACAGGUAUCAAUUUGACCCCAACCUGGCCAUCCGACAGGCCAUGACCAGCAUCUGGGAUGCCCUCGUCACUGACAAAACCAUUGUUGAUAAAUACUUAAAGGAGAUUCUUCAGGACGUCAUAUCCAACCUAACCAGUAACAUGUGGCGAGUACGAGAGUCAAGCUGUUUGGCUUUAAACGACCUGAUUCGUGGGAAGCAGGCUGAUGACAUCAUUGACCAACUGUCAGAAAUGUGGGAGACAUUGUUCCGAGUUUUAGAUGACAUCAAGGAAUCAGUACGGAAAGCGGCAGAUUUAGCCCUGAAGACCCUCAGCAAGGUCUGUGUGCGUAUGUGUGAAGCGAUGGGUGCAUCCGCUCAACGGACAGUUGGCGUGCUGCUGCCCAUCCUGCUGGACAAAGGCAUUGUCAGCAAUGUGGCAGAGGUGCGCGCUCUCAGCAUUGAGACCUUGGUGAAGAUCAGCAAGGCAGCAGGCAGCCGUCUGAAGCCCCACGCCCCACGCCUCGUCCCCACUCUGCUGGAGGCACUGAGCAUGCUUGAGCCGCCUGUGCGCAACUACCUCAGUCUGAGAGCCACGGAGCAGGAGAAGAGUGCUUUGGACAGUGCCAGACUGAGUAUGGUCAAAUCUUCGCCCAUGAUGGAGACAAUCAACAUGUGUCUGCAGCAUUUGGAUGCGUCUGUGUUAGGAGAACUGGUGCCAAAACUCUGUGAUCUACUAAAAAGUGGAGUCGGUCUUGGAACCAAGGGAGGCUGUGCCAGUGUGAUCGUGUCCCUCACAGUGCAUUGUCCUCAAGACCUCACACCUUACUCAGGUAGACUAAUGAGCGCCCUCCUCAGCGGGAUCCAUGACCGCAAUAUUGUGGUCCAGAAGUCUUUCGCCUUCGCUAUGGGUCAUCUGGUCAGGACAGCCAAGGACAGCAGUGUGGAGAAGCUUUUGCAGAAACUCACCACCUGGUACUUGGAGAAAGAAGAGUCGGUGUAUAAGUCUUCCUGCUGCCUGACGGUGCACGCCAUCAGCCACUACAGCCCGGAUGUGCUGAAAGCAAAUGCCAGUGCUGCCCUGCCUCUGGCUUUCCUGGGCAUGCACCAGCAGUCCGACGAGCAGGAGCAUGGGGAUAGCACCGAUGCAAGCCUGUGGGCCGAGGUGUGGCAGGAACACGUGCCUGGCAGUUUUGGGGGAAUCAGACUGUAUAUGACCGAGCUCAUAGCCAUUACCCAGAGGGCUUUGCAGUCUCAGUCAUGGAAAACGAAGGCGCAGGGUGGGGCUGCCAUGGCAACAAUCGCUAAGCAGCAGACAGGCUCCCUCGUGGCCCCUCACCUGGGUAUGGUGCUGAAUGCCCUGCUGCAGGCGCUCACUGGGCGCACCUGGGCAGGGAAGGAGGAGCUUUUGAAGGCUGUUGGCUCUGUGGUGUCAAAAUGCAGCGAGGAGCUGCAGAAUCCUGUGGCAGGUCAGCCGACUGUGUCGCAAGUGCUGGACUUGAUCCUAAAGGAGUGUAAGAAAGAGAGUCUCGUGUACAAAAUGGCUGCCCUGCGAAGCACGGCAGGCAUUUUGGAGGCCACUCAGGAGGAUCGCUUUCAGGACAUGGCAGAUAUUUUGUUUCCUCUCAUCAAAAAGAAUGAACCUACAAGUGCUAGUUCACCAAAGCACGAUGAUGAUGAAGAUGCAAAGGAACGAGAGCUGCAGACCGAGGUCCUUCUUUGUGCAUUUGAGACCCUAGGAAAAUCCUGGCCAUCUAAUGCACAAACCCAAAGUCGCUAUCAAGCUGAAGUUUGUGGGCUAAUGUGUGACAGGCUUAAACUGAGCACAUGGAGGGUUCAGCUAUGUGUUCUACAGUGUAUGAAAGCAUUCUACCAGGGGUUACUGCUGUUGGAGAAGGACCACAAGAACGCCACAAUACUGACUGACCUUCUGUCAGAAACCUGCACUGGCCUUGCAUCACCACUAGAAAACAGAAGUUAUUCAUCUGUAAGAACAGAAGCAUUGUCCAUUCUGGAACUACUCUUGAAAAAGAUUGGAGAAAGUGACCAAUGGGAUUCCCUGUCUGAGAAGAGUCGGCAACAACUUCAGCGUUCUCUUGCUACCAUGGAAACAGACAGCCGUCCUGAACUCAAGGACAAGGCCCAGAUGCUGAGGAGGAAAAUACAGGGCUUGCCUUAAACAAACCUGUCCACAUGUAGAAUGAUUCUUCUGGAAUCUUCAGACCAUUUUAGUCAUCCCAUACCAAAUCUCAUGCACAUCUCAUAUACUGACUGACCUGUUGAAGAAUAAAAACGCACCUGGACGGUCCUGCACCAAAUAAACCGACACAGUGGUUAUUUCCAAGCCAAAAGAUUUAAAACCUUCUCUGGGUGACUCAAUUGAUUUUUCCAAAGAACCUGUACUUAAGCUCUAAGUUUCCUUCUCACCUAAAUUAACUUUUGGGAUAUGAUGCAGUUCUCCUGAGCAUCACAUCAGUAGCCAUUUGGGCUCGUGUUACUUUUCUGUUUCUCACAUCGCUGUUUGCACACUAUCUGUGCCAACCAGAGCCACCCCAUUCUGGUGAACAUUUUUCUCCUUGCUGUGAGAGUCUGACAAGGUUCUAGCCCUCUCACCUAGCCAUGUGUGUCUGCAACUAAUGUACUUGUGUCUUGUUUGUUUUCACCAAGCAGCCACUGCCUCUUUUAAAAUGCUUGUCUACACUGAACUAGACCCUCAGUGCAUGGAGUGACUGCUAGAGCUUUCUUAUGCAAGGGAGCAGUUUCUAGUAAUGUGGUUCCCUUCUCGGCUUCCCUUUGUUCUGGUGCUGAUCUUACAGACUGUCUUGGUAAGAGGAGUUACAGCAUCCAGUUCAGUCCCCCCCCCCCCCUUUCCUUUUUUCUGUUAGUAUUCAGAGUUGGAGGAAAGGGAGAAAUGAGGCCAUGCAGAAGCAUCAGAAUGCGAAAUAAGAGGGAUUUGGCUAAAGACUAUAUGUGUGUAUUUAAAGACAUCUUCAUGUAAAUUAGACUGAUGUAUUUCCUUUACCAGUGUUUGCAUGUUAUAAGGUGUGGUGUGUUAAAUAAAAUAUUUUCAGAAAACCCUAAGCCAAGGUGUUUUCUAAUGAGA